AGGCUGUGAUCAGAGCCCUCCACUGCUCCCCAAUCCAGUUUCUGCAGAUCUAAGCAAGCCAUCCAACUGUUUUUUCAACAUGUGCCGGGGUUUAGCUGCACUGCCUGCUAGUUGCUUGGAAAGAGCCAAAGAGUUUAAAACACGUUUGGGAAUUCUGCUUCAUAAACCAGAGUUUGGACAUAAAAUUGGAAACCUCAGCUGGAGCACCAAACAAAAAUAUUCUUUGGAGGAAGCACUUGGAUGGAAGGAAUCCUUUGAUCGAUUACUGAGAAGCAGAAGUGGCAUGGCAGCAUUUCAUGGGUUUCUUAAAACAGAAUUUAGUGAAGAAAAUCUGGAGUUUUGGUUAGCUUGUGAAGAAUAUAAGAAAAUCCCCUCAAAAGCAAAAUUAGCAGCCAAAGCCAACAGGAUCUUUGAAGACUUUGUUCAGAAUGAGUCCCCCAGGGAGGUAAAUCUUGACCAUGAAACUCGAGAGGCAACCAGAAGAAACCUUGCUGGGGCCACUUCUACAUGCUUUGAAGAAGCACAAGCAAAAACAUACAUCUUGAUGGAGAAGGACUCCUAUCCCAGAUUUUUGAAAUCUGCUUAUUACAGAGACCUGAUUGAACAAGCAAAUAGCCAUAGAACAGGCAAACCUGCACACACCUGAGCCGAUCCCUUGUCAUCAUCUGGAACUGUGUUGGGGAACAGAGACACAGAAUGAAACUGGAGAUGCUGGAAUCCAAGUGGAGGGUGCUAAGAACAUUUCCAUUGCAGAGCUUUGGUUUUUCCUGGCCUGGAUGCCUGGGACCGCCAAUGCUUCCAUGCACCCAGCAGCUCUACAAAAUGUAGGCCUUCUCUAGAAAAGAGGCUGCGAGUUGAAAAUAUCAAGAGAGCCUAUGAAAAAGAAAUCGAUGCAAGGAAGACUCAGGUCUCCAGAUAGGAAGAGAAAUGCAACAGGAAAGGGAAUGAGAAAUUUGUGGGAAAGGUGGAUUUUGAUUCUCUCCUAAAAUGUUUACCAUUUUUGGAGAGAUCUCUGUGGAUUCAUCUGUUUGAACCGGUGAUAGCCUCCAUCCACUCUCAAAAGCUAGUCCCUGCACCUAUAAACACAGACCAAAAACUGUACAUAGCACAAUUCUCAUAACUUGUAUACACAACAUACACCAGUUUGAGAUUUUUGUCCAUUGCAUGUCAGCCUCAGAGGCCUUCAGUUCUCUGCAUGUUUGUACAGUGAUCAGCUUGGUGUUCCAGAGCUUUGCAUCCAAAUGGUUUUGCGUUUAUACUCAAAAGGAAAGCUGCAUCUGCUUUGCUACUUCAUACAUCUCAAUCUUCUACCAUCUUGGACAGAUUUCCUUUUAAAGACAUUUGAAAGAAGACCUUGUUUUAUUUAUUUCUGAACAUUAUAUGCAAUCUUGGGAGAUGUGCCCUAUUUUUUAAUUAUUUAUAUUUAUUAUUAUCAUUUUAUUGUUAUUUAUUGUGAUGGGGCAUUAGAUAAGCACAGCACUUUAGAAGUAGGUGCUUUGGAUAAACCAUUGCUACAAGGAGCCUACAAUUGAAAGUUGGCCUUUUAGCCACAUUCAUAGCAUUUACAGAAUAUACUUAUAGGGGACAUCUACAGAUUUUUUUUU